AUGGCAUCCUCCAUCAAAAUUGCCUAUUACCAAGAUGAAAAGGUCGGUAAUAACGUCGUCAAAUAUACAAGUGGCCGACUGGUUCCCCAUCAAAAGCCGCCAUGGAAGAUAUGGGAACAAUGCUUCCACAUCGUUUCAACCAUUAACGCCUCUAUCGGUUCUUGUUGGCUUUACUUCAUAUAUGCUGGGGGUAUCAAACUCCCCACCGGCUCAGCCAAUGGUUUCAUCGCUAUUUGGCUUUUCUUCUUCGUAUUGGAGCUUUUCUGCGCGUUGCGAAUAUCUCGCAACUCAGAGAUCUCUUUGUUUCAAACGCUUUGCGGCUCGAGGCCCAAGAAGCUCAUGGAUAGCGCCGGUCAUGAUUUUGUUCCCGAGAGCACGCAGAUACUUGAAUAUCGGGCUAUAAACGAGGAAGAUGUUGGUACAAUGAUGUGGGAUGAGGUCGAAGCUUUUCCCCCACUGCCUGGCCAUCUCCUACGCACUAAAUCCAUCCCAUCUCUUGACUUUGGUGUCCUUGAUUUCACUAUGUUGCCUCGACGGAUUGCCUUUGGUGUUCCUUAUAACUCUGAGGUCGAAUUCAUCAAUGAUAACACAGCCAUCUUUCGACGCAUCAAGCUGCGCCCGAACGUUCGACCACAGGGGGAAACAUGGACGCCACGCGUUUACCACUGCGCUGUGCUUGCCUGGAUGAUCAACGAAACCAACAAAUACAUGCAGUCCCCUACUACCGUGAGCUUUACACUCGCUCUGCUUUCGGCUCUUUUGCUUUGUGUUCAAAUUUAUUGCUUCUGGCGCGCCAUUCGAGGUGAUUGGAAAGCAAAACAAGCCGAACGACGUGGAACGAAGCUCGGUCGAGGUUGCGAUAUCAUCAGGGAUGUGCCUGUCACAGUCAUUCUUCCACCAAUGCCUACCGUGUUUGAGGAGAAGACUCCCCUGCCGAAGUGA